CUCUCUCCGCACUUCACCGUCGUCGUUCCUCGAUCUCCGAUGGACGCCCCCGAGCAACCGCCGCCGCCGCCGCCGGUCGCCGAUCCCUCCGCCGCCUCGGGGCCGAACUCGGACUGGGCCGAGUUGACCCACGAGUGCCUGAUCAACGUCCUCUCCCGCCUCACCUCGGAGCAGCUGUGGACGGGGCCCAUGCUCGUCUGCAAGUCGUGGCUCCGCGCCUGCGCCGACCCCUCCCUCCACUCGGCCUUCGACCUCGAGGCCCGCUUCGGGUCGUCCCGGGAGUCGAUCCGCUGGUGGUCGCCGGAGUUCGAGCGGAGGGUCGACGCCAUGCUCCGAUCGGUCGUCGGCUGGAGCGGCGGGGGCCUCGCCGCGAUCCGCGCUCGCCAUUGCUCCGAUCGCGCCCUCGACUUGGUCGCCGAGAGGUGCCCGAGUCUCCAGGUUCUUUCGAUCAAGAGCUGCCAAAAUGUCACCGAUGCGUCGAUGGCCAGGAUAGCGUCCCGUUGCACCAACCUCAGGGAACUCGAUAUCAGCUAUUGCUAUGAGGUGUCUCAUGAAUCUUUGGUUCUGAUUGGGAGGAGCUGUCCCAAUCUUAAAGUUCUGAAGAGAAACCUGAUGAACUGGUUAGAUCCUUCCCAACAUGAGGGUGUAGUCCCCGAAGGGUAUUUGAAUGCUUGCCCACAAGAUGGAGAUUCAGAAGCUGCGGCUAUAGGCAAGUUCAUGCCUCGCCUGGAGCACCUUGAGAUACGUUUUUCCAAGUUAACCGCGAGAGGUCUUUCGUCCAUUUGUGACGGUUGUCUUGACCUUGUGCACUUGGACCUGUCAGGGUGUGCAAACUUGACUAGUCGUGACAUCGUGAAUGCGACGUCCAAUUUGAAGAAUCUGAAGCAGAUAAGUAAGCCAAAUUUCUACAUCCCCCGGUCGGUUUUCCAUACGGAGAGGUAUGGCCAUUGGAGGUUGUACGAUGAGCGAUUCCAGACGGAUAUUUUCCGAAUCUGAUCAGGCAAACCAGAAGAGGUUCUCCAGUUUAAGCUAGCCAGAAUCUGAAUGACUUUGCACAGCAUCUGGUUCGUGAUGGUCUACAGUGUUUUUUACUUUUUCGCCUACACAACUUCAUCUUUGGUAUUUAUUUCAGUUUCACUUUUGAUAUACUUGUCUGUCUAUAUAUUGGGCACUUUUGUAUCCUUCCCUUGCUUGUUCAUAUGAAUCACAGCUGAAUCAUCUAUUUCUUGCUA